UAUUACUGAGCGUCAUGGAUUUUCUUUCCGUUUCCUUACAACCACUAACUGUAAGUUUAGCAGCAAUUCUUUUAGCUAUCUUUAUGGUUGGACUUCAUGCCAGAAGAUUAUGUGAGAAGACUCAGAAGAGAAAGAGAUACCAUCCUGUUGCCGGAACUGUCUUAAACCAGCUGAUCAACUUCCAUCGGCUGCACGAUUACAUGACUGAGCUUGCAUGCAAAUACAGAACUUACAGGUUGCUUGGCUUUUUCAGAAGUGAGGUUUACACCUCAGAUCCUGCAAAUGUUGAAUACAUGCUCAAAACAAACUUUGCAAAUUAUGGCAAGGGCUCGUACCACCACAGCAUUUUGUCAGAUAUUGCAGGGGAUAGUAUUUUCACUGUAGAUGGGGAAAGUUGGCAGCAUCAGAGGAAGCUCUCAAGCUAUGAAUUCUCAACCAAAAUAAUGAAAGACUUCAGUCUGCAAGUAUUCAAAACCAAUGCAGUAAAACUUGUUAAAAUAAUUUCUGAAGCUGUAAGCUGCAACCAAGCAAUAGAAAUCCAAGAUUUGCUUAUGAAAUCAUCCUUAGACUCAAUCGUCAGGAUUCUCCUUGGUAUCGACCUAGACACAACGAGUGGAAAGAAUGAAGACGGUAUCCAGUUUUCCUAUGUCUUUAAUGAAGCAAACGAAUUUAUCCUCUAUCGAUAUGUCGAUUUCUUCUGGAAGAUCAAGCGGUUCUUAAACAUUGGUUCUGAAGCAGUGCUAAAAAAUCAUAUCAAAAUGGUAGAUCAAUUUAUGUAUAAAUUAAUCACAAGCAAGAUAGAUGCAGUCCAUAAGUCAGAGCUACCUCUAAAAAAAAGAGACUUUAUUUCAAGGCUUUUGGAAACGAAAGAGACCAAUCCAAAGUAUAUUAAAGACAUGGGGGUCAAUUUUAUUAUUGCCGGGAAAGACACUGUUGCUACUGCUCUUUCUUGGCUUUUUUAUAUGAUCUGCAAGUAUCCUCGUAUACAAGAAAAGAUUGCACAGGAGGUUAGAGAAGCAACCAAUCUGAAAGAUAAUUCAAGCGUGGAUGACUUUGCAGCCAGCCUUACUGAAGAAGUCCUAGACAAAAUGCAAUAUCUCCAUGCAGCUUUGACUGAGACUCUCAGACUGUACCCUGCAGUUCCAGUGACUGCAAAGGUCUGUUUUUCCGAUGAUACCUGGCCAGAUGGAUUCAGUGUCAAGAAAGGGGAUAUGAUAGCAUACCAACCUUAUGCCAUGGGCAGGAUGAAGUUUCUAUGGGGUGAUGAUGCAGAAGAGUUUCGGCCAGAGAGAUGGCUCGAUGAAAAUGGCACUUUCCAGCCAGAAAGCCCUUUCAAAUUCACAGCCUUCCAGGCUGGUCCCAGAAUUUGCUUAGGAAAAGAAUUUGCUUAUAGGGAGAUGAAGAUCUUUUCUGCUGUGCUUUUAAGAUACUACACAUUCAAGCUGAGCGAAAAGAAAAUAAGGGUCAAUUACAGGACCAUGAUCAACCUCUAUAUUGAUGGGGGACUCUACGUGCUUGCGUCUCCAAGAUUGGAGCUUGAAAGAUCUUAG